AUGGCACUAAUGGUGGUCAAGUUUGACCUGAAGAAGCGGGUGAAGCUAGCCCAGUUCUUAUGGCUGAUGUACUGGUUCUCAGUGAUGGCAGGCGUGCUGGUCUUCAGCAUGGGGCUGUUCUUUAAGAUUGAGCUGCGUAAGCGCUCAGAGAUGAUGGACAACAACGAAAGCCACUUCGUCCCUAACUUACUAAUUGCCGUGGGGCUGCUGGCCUGUGGGAUCAACGCCAUGGGAGGCAAGAUCUGCUACGACUCCCUGGACCCUAUCAAGUUCUCCAGGUGGAAGCCCAUGCUCAAAUCCUUUCUAGUCUCCUGUGUGGCUUUCAAUUGUCUCCUGGUGCUGACGGCUCUGCUCUGCUUCCUGAUGAGGAUCCCUCUCCAGUUCACGCUGGCCGAGGGCCUGAAGAACGCCCUGAAGUUCUACAAGGACACAGACACGCCAGGACGCUGCUACAUGAAGAGGACUUUGGACCAGAUGCAGAUGGAGUUCCGUUGCUGUGGCAACAACAACUUCAGGGACUGGUUCGAGAUCCAGUGGGUCAGCAACCGCUACCUGGACUUCAGCGCCAAGGAAGUUAAAGAGUGAGUCAUGAUAUUAGCAACAGCUCUAUGAUCAGUUCUAUAGCUAACACAACCCUAUCCUAACUAUUGGCCCACACCAACAAAUGGUAUGAAUGGAGAUUGUAGGGUUAGGUUAUGGUGAGUUUCCUGUUCUUAAUGGGUGUUCAUUAUAAAUGGAUUCCAGGUGCAUGGAGGCGGGUCGUAAGCAAUAUAAAAGGGUGUCUUUCCAUAAUAAGGUAAAGGAGGGAUUACAGGAUCAGUGGAUUUGAGGUUUUAGUGUUAGAGGUGGUGAUGGGGCUGUGCGUACGUGUGGGUUGGUUUUCGACUUAUGGGAGGUGAGGGGGAUUCAGUCAUUAGUGUGGAGUAAUAACGAAAGUGGUGGCAGGAAGGAAGGUGAGCUUUCUGUGAGAGUUGAAGGGGAAUGAUGCAGGGGUCCAUUUUGCAGUGUAUGGGUGUAAGGUGUGUUUGGUUGCAGUUGUUUCAAGUGUUGGUUUUCAGUGUAAGUGAUAUCAAGUGUGUGGUUGUAAAAAGGGACAGUUUUCAUUGUAAGUGUUGUCAGGUGUGCGUGCACCGUGUGUGCGAAUGUGUGUGAGCCUGUGAAUUCUUAGUGGCUAAUAUUCUUGGAUCACAUUUCCUCAUCCUUCAGGCUUAUGGCCUAACCAAUCAGCAUGCGGCCUGGUGAGGGUCUGGGAAUACACCUGCCUAGAGAGAGACAGAGUUAGCCAAUAAGGCCUUGCGUAGAGACAGUGAUUGGCCAACCAUUCACUUAGAGAAUAAUUGACCAAUAGGGGCUUAGCUAGACACAGUGAUUAACCAAUAGGACCUCAAGGAGAUAUUAGCUGCGUGCUCUAUUGAUUCAGGGUUGAUGAUGACGAUGAUGAUGAUGGGCUAUGGACUGUGAAAGGACCACAUCUUAGUCCUGCUUAAGUUCCUUAGCUUUCAGGAAACAAAUGAUCUAAAGCAGGGCUGGCAAACCCUACUCCUGGAGAUCUAUGCAGAUUUUUGGCUCCAGCCCUACUGUAAUACACCUGAUUCAGCAAAUCAAGGUCCUGUUUAGAGUUUCCCAUCCCUGGUCUGUGUCAGCGUUAUCCUGCAGUGUCAGUAUUCCCAACGGAGUAUAAUUCCAUGUUUGUGUUGUUGGGAAUGACUGGGAAUGAUCUGUAUCCCUGUCACUCUUUCUCAUCUCUGAUCCCAUCACACCACUCUUUCCAUAAUCCUAAUUUAGAACUGCCCUACACCUGUCAAUCACAAUUGAAACCCCACCCCCAGCCCACCCAAAGGCCAAAUGCACACUUCCUGCUACAGAAUCAGAGAUUACUGCUGUCACGGUCAGUCCUUUCAGUCUCACUUUGUUAGGAUAAUCCUCAUCUACUCAGACGUUCUACAAACUGCUUGAUUGAUUACCUGUCACAACAAGGUUUACUACUACUGUAUAUCCAGCCAUCUAUUAGCUAGUAUGCAGACUAAUUCCAUUUAGGCAAUUCAUCCUCAUUCGAAGUAAUGAAUCAAUCAUCAAUUUAUGAAUACAAUUUCAAUACAUCCUCUGAAAUGCCCUCUCAGUGUAGGAGAGGAAAGUAACUCUAGGAGAGAGCAUUCGUAAGAGGUGUGCAGCAUGAUUUUCCAUAACCUUUUGCUGUAAUUUCUGAGUAUUUGGCAGAUAUACUAUAUGUGCAUCUUUCCAAGGAGGAUGUAUCCUCCAAGAGUUGCUGAAUGUUUUUCUCAUCUUCAGUGUGUAUAUCUGUUUAUGUUGGAAAGCGAGGUAUAGUGGAAGUAUUAUUGUUCCUUCCCAAUGUGAGCAGAGUUCUUGGCUCAUGCACCUUUGUUGGAAAGCAAGUGGCAGUAUUAGUUUCUUCCCAAAGCCAGUGUGAAGAGAGCAAAGUGUCCACAGAAGGGAGGGGCUAAUGGGGUUAAUCCCAUUCAAACAGCAUGUGAGAGACUGAUAGACCUUCAUGAUCCUCUCUUUACCAGGUAGACAGCAUGUGAGAGACUGAUUUCAGCUCUGUGUCAGAAACAAUGCAAGCUCUGUAAACCCUCUAUCAUGGACACUGAACAAAAAAGCUGUGUUAGGUUGUGUCAAGGUAUGAAUGACUUUGUUGUAGAUGUUCUUUCAGACUAAUACUACCUUUCUAAAUACUGGUAGUUCACUAGGACUUCCUCACACUUACAGUACAUGAUGAAGAAUGGAUUGGGUAGAGCUUUCAUAUAUUACCCUGACCCUCUGCCCUUUGUCCUCUGACCCCCAGUCGCUUCAGCGGUAAUGUGGAUGGGAAGUACCCGAUGGAUGGCUACCUUUUCACUCCCCUAACCCCAUAAGACCUUGACCCUAACACACAAUGCACUGACCAAAACCCAUAAUACCCUAACCUCUGUCCUUUGCCUUUUCACCCCCCAGUCGUAUCGGCAGCAACGUGGAUGGGAAGUACCUGAUGGAUGCUGUUCCAUUCAGCUGCUGUAACCCCAGCUCCCCGCGGCCCUGCAUCCAGUACCAGGUGACCAACAACACGGCCCACUACUCCUACGACCACCACACUGAGGACCUGAACAUCUGGAAACGGGGCUGCCGUGAUGCACUGAUAUCCUACUACGGAGGCAUGAUGAACACCAUAGGAGCCCUGGUGCUACUGGUCGCUAUUCUGGAGGUAAGGAAAAUACUCCCUCUCACAUGCUUUUUCAAAGGCGUGGGGUGUUUUUUUUGUGAUGGCGUUCGUCACUGAGAGUUGACAAAGUUGCCCCAGUUGCCUGGCUAGAUCCAGAGCUCCUUGCAUGGUGUCCUCCUUUACUCGCAAUGUAAAUUUGCACACCUCCCUCCACCCCAUCCAUCCCUCCUGCCUUAGUCAUGUUACCAGUUCAUGUGUGGGCUGCUGCUACACCUGCUGCUCUCUGCUGUAGAGGCUGCAUCACCUGUUAGGCUUACAGCGGUACACAUACACACCUGCCAGGUUUACAGUGGUACACAUAGACACGCGCGUAGAGGCAGCUUCACCUGUAAGGCUUACAGCAGUAGUACACAGGGCUGGUAACGAGACUUCUGUACUGGUAAUCCUGUGGGCCCGUGUGGAUGCAUGCUUUCACAACAACCAAAGCAGUAACACAGCUGAUUAAUUAAGACUAACUAAGUCUAUAUUAAAGAAGAUGCUUGGUUGGUUAGUUGAAUCAGGUUUGUUACUGGUUUUGGCUGGCGCAUAAAUCUGCAACUGCCACCUGCCUACGCAGACAAAAAAGCAAAAUGGCUGCCCUUGAACAUGUGCUGUUUGUCUCUUUGUGCAACUCGCUCUUUUCAGAAUAAAUUAACUGAAGAAGUAUGAGAGAAGUGUUACUAUAAAUGUUUUGCUGUUUUGGUGUUUGUAAAACACAUAUUACUACGGACAGCAAAUCUCUGUUCUAUAAAUAUUACAGUACUUAAUGUGUCUUGAAAACCUAGACUUGUCUAAGACUCAAUCUGCUGAAGCUUAUCAGGGACAAAAACAACCAGAGCUAUCUCCUACCUGGAAUAACCAUGGUUACGCAACUGUCUCCAUGGUAUUACCUUACCGAUAGCCUUGUGAGAGGUGGAGUGAUAUCUUAAUUUGGGGGAGGGACCAAUUAUAAACCACUUUCUGGAAAUCAGACUCCUGAUCUAAUGCUGGGGGUUAUAAAAUGACCAAUCAGAAACACAGAUAGUGUAGAGGUAAAAAAUACAUUUAUUUGGUUGUGUACACUAUGCUACUACAUUAGCAAACUUAUGAUUGCUUUUGCUUGUUGUUGCUUUCCCUGUCAGUGUGAUUCUGUCUGUUUUUAGCUAACUCCUUGCUUCAGACUGGUUUGAUGUGUUUAUGUGGAACAUAGGCGAGGCUACAUAUUCAGUUGUUAAAUGCUGAUUGGUGUGAUCCAUUGCCUAUAGCUGUUAGUGCAGGCUGAUGUGUCUAUCUCUUUCUGGGUCUACCCCUGUAGGUUGGUCAAUGUAGGGUUAGAUUUAGUUAUGGUGGGUUUUCACUUCCAGUACAUGAGCAUGUUGCUGAAGCUAGAUCUUACCUCAGGCCAGGUGUAGCUCUUCACACACGCUAGCUGUUAGUCUUAGCCCAGGCUAGCUGUAACUAAUAUGUCUCUCUUUAUCCUCUGUAGGUUAUUGUGAUGAUCGGCCUCCAGUACGUGAACACCUCCCUGUCCAACCUGGUCAACCCAGAAGACCCAGAGAGCGAAAGCGAAGGCUGGAUCCUGGAGAAGACGGUGAAGGAGACGUUUACUGACAUCAUGGACAAGAUGAAAGCCAUGAGCAAGGGUAACACAGUGGAGGAGGGCGGAGUGGAUGGUGUUGCCACGGUGAGCUGA